AUGGCCCCUGCUAAGCCCAAGUCCUACACGGCGGGUUCCAACCCUGUGAGCAAGUUCGAAGGCGCCUUUGUCGUGACCAAACAUGCCGCUCCCAAAGGCCGCAACAUUCACUUCCACGUGGUCAUCGACCCGCACCACCCACGGCUCCUUGAGCUGCUAAAGGGCGGCAAGAAGCCACCGACGCACUUCCACCCGCGGCAGUGGGAGUUCUUCCGCGUGGUCCGCGGGUCCCUGACGGUAGAGAUCAAUGGCGUGCCGCACCAGUUUGUGGAAUCGGACGGCGAGUACGCGCUGCCGCCCGGGCCCCACCACUGCCUGUACCCGACGGAGGGACAGCCAAAGGGUGCCGUCGUCGAGUUCUGGCUCGGCGCCACGCCCUCAAACAGCAUGGCUGAGCUGGACCAGGCCUUCUUCGAGAACUGGUACGGCUACCAGGAGGACAUUUUGCUGCACGGCGUCGAGCCCGACCCCAUCCAGGUCAUGGCCAUGUUCGAUGCUGGUGACUCGUAUCUAAGCCCCCCCGCCUGGGUGCCCGAGCCACUGCGCCACCACAUUGGCAAGUUCAUGGGUGUUGUCGUGGGACGUUGGAUCGGCGGUAUGCUGGGCUAUGCGCCCUUCUACCCGGAGUGGACGACGGAUUGGGCGGCCGCGUGCCGACAGAUGAAUCAAUAUUCGACGCAGAAGAAGUUUUCCCAGCCGAAUGCCCAGGAGAAGAUCCGGGCCAGCUAUCUGGAGCGUGGCGCGGACAUUGGGAACGAGGCGCUGUAUGAUGAGCAUGGGGGAUAUGAGAGUUGGACGGCGAAGAAGACCAAAUAA